CGUACCCGGAAGUAAUUGUGCGCAGUAGCGGCUGCAGCUAGCAGCGGCUAACAGUCCCAGCAGCUCCUCCGAGAGGACAGACGGAACGACAGACAGGUGUGUCUGUGGAUGGAAGUGUGCAGCUCUGCAAUGGGACCAGAGCGCGUCUUACCGAGCUCCGAGGACGAGCUGGGAGAGGACGAGCGACCGACGGACGGAACGCUGCCGCCGGGUGCCAUGUGGGGUGGGGGGGAUGGGGAGGAGGAGGCAGUGGGGGAGAUGGAGCUGGAUGGCGAGGAGGAGGAAGACGAGGAAGAUGGCAGUGGGGGAGGGUACUACUACCAGCCUCUGAACCAGGAGCCCGACGGUGUGAACGGUGGCGAACAGCCAGAGGAUAACGAGCGGGGGGAGGAGACGGGGGAGGCGGCCUCCCACUCCGAGCAGCUGCAGCAGGUGCAGCAGCGGAUAGAGGUGUUGGGGCUGCACCUCCCCGAAGCUCCGCCUCCUGACAGCGACGAGGAAGAGGACCCCGAAGGAGCAGCUUCUGAGAGGAGCCGCGCCUCCAUCCCCAUGGACGCAGAUCACGUCGAGCUGGUGAAGAGGACGAUGGCGGCCGUGGCGCUGCCAUCUUUGGGUGUGCCGCCGUGGGCGCGGGAGAUCUCCGACGACCAGUGGAAGGACAUGGUGCGUGACACGCUGCAGAGCCGACAGAGCGCCGCCGCCCUGCGCAAACCUCCCCGGGCCCUGAACGCACCACAAGAACUACAUCAACUCUGAACUCUGACUGUCCUUGAAUGCACCACAUAGACAUCACCAUCACCGCGGGACCCUGAACGCAUCGCGACCAUUCCUACAGAUUAAUAGACUGAGCCCGAGCCCCCAGGUGACAUUGGACACCUGAGCUGAGCUCACCUGUAGCUCAUUAUGACCACUUCAGGGCCCAAAGAUAAAUACAGUGCUUUGUUUCUCCAGAGAAGUGUAAUUUAUUGAAGCCCGUAAAGAUUCCAGGUGAUCAAUAUGGUAAUUAUGAAUAAUCAAUUAACAGUUUCAGUGAGUGAUUGUUCUGGUGUUUGUUUGUCACUGGAUAAAAAAUCAGAUAUGUAACUGACAAUAAUGUCGUUUACUAACUUUAAAAUCAUACAGAUAUAUAAAUCAGUUAUUGAUCACUGUUUGAUAACUCAUGCCUGACUUAUUUUGCACCUGUGUGAAAACACCUUCCUAUCUUUCCCUUUCCAAAUAAAAGCGUCACACCGGCGCACGGUGUAAAUGUAGUUUCACUGGAAUAUUUUUUUUCUUGUCUCUGUGACGAGUUUUUAAACUGAAGUGGAAGAUCAAAUAAAGUCCGACUUCAAUGUUU